GUGUUGAUGUACUGUUCUCAAGCAGUAGGUGGCGAUAUAUUACCUUGGCUUUGAAUGUUUGCAGCCCGAUCAAGGGAAAAAGAAGAAGCUGCAUUAAGCUAAGUGCUGCAGUGUGGUUAGCUCAGUUGUUUGGCGCUGCGUAGAUGUCAACCAGUGUUUUUAUCAGCUAAUUGAAAGAAAAAGGGUUCAUUGUUUUAAACUCUCGUCACAUAAAUUUACAAGAUGGCCACUGAUUCCGGCUACGGUGGGUCUCAAGGCUAUGGAUCAUAUAGCGGUCAGCAGAGUGGACAGGGUUAUGGGCAAGGGAACGGGGGCAGCUCUUAUGGAGGACAGGGUUAUGGGCAAGGAAACGGAGGCAGCUCCUAUGGAGGACAAGGUUAUCCUGGAUAUGGACAGCAGGGCCCACCACAAGAGAGUUAUGGCCAGUCUCAACCGCCGCCACAGCAGACCUUUGAUAAUUAUGCUGGACAAGACUCAUCUGGGUAUGGAGAGAAGCCGUCUUACGGUGGACAGGCAGGAGGAGGAGCAGCACCAGCAGCAGCAAGUGCUGGAGCAGGAGGAGACAGUUAUGGGCAGGGCAGUGGUGGUGGAUAUGGACGAUGGAGUGAUGCAACCGAAAGUGGUGGUCAGGGUGGGAGGUAUGGACGUGACCAAGGAGAUCGCUCAGAGGGAGGAGGGGGCUACAGAGGCCGUGGUCGCGAUAGCAGCAGCAGCGGAGGUGGCGGAGGUGGCGGCGGCGGCGGUGGCGGUGGCUAUGAACGCGGCGGUUAUGACCGCAGUGGAGGAUAUGAACGCGGUGGAUACGACCGUGGCGGAAGAGGAGGAGGAUCUCCUGGUAUGGGAGGUGGUGACCGUGGUGGCUACAAAAAUUAUGGUGGAACUCGAGACUACGGCUCAAGGGAUGAACCAGCUGGUGAGCAGGACAACUCUGACAACAACACCAUUUUUGUCCAGGGACUGGGAGAAGAGGCCACAGUCCAGGAAGUUGGGGACUACUUCAAGCAGAUUGGUAUUAUCAAGGUGAACAAGAAAACUGCUCAGCCAAUGAUCAACAUUUACUCCGACAAGGUCACUGGUCGUCCAAAGGGUGAAGCUACAGUAUCAUUUGACGAUCCUCCCUCAGCCAAAGCUGCUAUUAAUUGGUUCGAUGGUAAGGAAUUCAACGGCAAAACCCUCAAAGUAUCGUUCGCCACCCGCAGAGCAGAGUUCACACAGAGAGGUGGUGGAAGAGGAGGAGGAGGUGGAGGUGGAGGAGGAGGAGGAGGAGGACGAGGAGGAGGUUUCAGAGGUCGUGGUGGUGGUGGAGGACCCAACUUUGAUAUAAAAGGAGGAGACUGGCCUUGUCCCAAUAGCUCUUGUGGAAACAUGAAUUUUGCUCGGCGGCAAGAAUGCAACAAAUGUGGAGCACCCAAGCCAGGAGAUGGAGGAUACGGAGGUGGUGAUCGUGGAGGCAGAGGAGGUUACGGCGGUGACAGAGGCGGUGGUUUCAGGGGACGUGGAGGUUUCCGUGGGGGAGACCGUGGAGGUUUUGGAGGAGGUGGUGGUGGUGGUGGAUUUGGAGGUGGCUACAAAAUGGGAGGAAGCAGAGGUGACCGUCGAGACGACAGAAGAGACCGGCCAUACUAAGUGUUCAGCACAUAGAAACCUCUCCAGCCCUGCAGUUCACCAUCGAGGGGAGGUUCAGUCUUUCGGGAAUGGGCUUGAUCAGGCUUUCUGAUACGUCUACCUUUUUUUGUAGCCAAUGUGUCCCAACUGUCACUGCUCACCUGUGAGUGAGGGAGGGACGUGUUGAGCUACUGUGAAAGGACUCUGGGCUGACUGGCACUGUUGGCAUGUGGUCAAAUGUUCGUUUUUUUCUGCUUUUUGUUUUAUUUCUUUGUACAUCUUUUUAAUUUUCUCUCAGAUUCUAGCUGCAAAUGUUUUGUGAGGUAGACUUGUACCAUUGUUUUGUAUGAACAGAAUAAAAUGUUUUACUUGGGUUCCUUUUCCCACAAUGAUAUUAAAAACUGUGAUCUUUUCA